AUGUCGCCACCUCGAUUCCUCGUCAUUGGUGCCGGUUCUCGUGGCUAUGCUUAUGCCGGUGCUAUCACGGACGAGACCGAAGGCAUUAUCGCAGCUGUUGCUGAGCCCAUACCCUACAAGCGCACCGAAUUUGGGCGCGACUUCAUCUGGGGUGCAGAUGGCUCCCCUCAAGAAGGCCAGUCCUUUCCUGACUGGAAUGCUUUCCUGACCUACGAAACCGCCCGCCGAGCCGCUGCUUCUGCCGGCGAUUCAGUCCCUCCUGGUGUUGACGGUGUCCUCAUUUGCGUUCUAGAUGAGAUGCACCGCGAAGUCAUCAUGGCACUGGCUCCCCUCGGCCUUCACACUCUUUGCGAAAAGCCACUUGUAACAACCCUCAAAGACUGUCUAGAUAUCCACCGCGCUCUGAAGCCAUCCGCCCUCUUUUCUGUCGGCCAUGUCCUCCGCUACAGCCCCCACAACAUGCUUCUACGCCGCCUGCUUCUCUCAGACCGCGCUAUCGGCGAUAUCGUUAGCAUUGAGCACACGGAGCCAGUGGGUUGGUGGCACUUUGCCCACUCGUACGUCCGUGGCAACUGGCGACGCGAGGCAACCACAGCCCCUUCCCUCCUCACAAAAAGCUGUCAUGACGUUGACCUUCUCCUCUGGUUGCUCGCCGCUCCCUACAAGUCCGGCAGUGCCCAUCCCUUCCACGUGCCCGUCUCUGUAUCCUCAACGGGCGCCUUGACCACCUAUCGAAAGGCUCGCAAGCCCACAGCCGCUGGACAUGCCACAAAUUGCAUGACCUGUCCACUCGCCGACGAUGGCUGCAAGUUCUCCGCCAAGAAGAUCUAUCUCGGACCCGAGCUGGCUAGCUUAGAAACGGGAAACCGCAGCUGGCCCGUCAAGAUCGUCCUACCUGAGAUUGAAGACAUGCCCGAUCUGGCGCAAGCGAAGGAGGCCCUUGCCAAGAAACUUGGCGAGGACUACAGCACUGCCACACCAGAUCGUGAGGUCGCGGCUCGUCCCUGGUUUGGCCGAUGCGUCUACGAGUCAGACAACGACGUCUGCGAUGAUCAAUUCGUCACGCUCGCAUGGGACGACGAGCCUUCUAUCGAAGGAGCGCCGCCGCGGUUUGCCAAGCAGGCGACGCUGCACAUGGUCGCCACGACGAAGAAGAUUUGUGAGCGCUACUCGCACAUCUAUGGCACCAACGGAGAGAUCUUUGCCGACUCGAGGACCAUCACAGUCGAAGACUUUAGUACGGGGCAGACGACUGUCUAUAAUCCCAAGAUGGAGUUGAGCGGCCACGGCGGUGGCGAUAUGGGUCUGGCACGUCAGUUUGUGCUAGCUGUGCAGGGGGUCAAGAAUGAGGGCAUGGAGGUGCAAACGGCUCAGGAUGAGUUCAUCGGGUGCUCGCUGGGCGAGGCGAUCAUGAGCCAUCUUGUCGUGUUUGCUGCGGAGGAGGCACGACGCGAAGGCAAGGUGGUGAAGCUGGGACAGUGGUGGGAUAGGGUAUCCAAGGGUGAGCUGCAGUCUGAGGGGCAUGAGGGCAUCAAGUGGGAGAACGUGACAGGAAGACGCUCCUAA